GGGAUGGCAAGGCUCGCUCUAAACACCAGAAUGCCUGUGGAACUAUGUACUUCACUGCCUCAAGUGAGCUGAAGAAUGCAAUCACGGAAAAUGAUGCUCAUACGUCACCACCUAAAUCACCAAAUUCGACCGAAAAUACUCCAAACGGUUCACCCACCUUCUUCACUCCUCAGAUUUCGCCCUCUAAACUAAGUCUUGUCCGACAUGAUACCGAUCUGGGUCAACGACGCAGGCCAAAGAAAACCAAUCUUACGUCUAGGCACUCGUUUCUUUCCGGACAUGGUUCAGACGCAACUAUCUAUUCUCGUUUGUCAUAUGAUUUUUCCAGUCUAGACAAGGAAGCCAUUCGUGAGCAUGGCAUUCGUAUUCGGCAAUUGACUCCGAGUACCAACAAAACUGAUAAACCACCUGGUCUUCCUGUUAGUCCCAAACACCCACCUCUUCCUCCUCAACGAAAGUCCAGCUUGCUCCGGUCAAACGACAACAACAACGUCGCUGCUUCUGCCGAGUGUAGUCCAAAACACGCGGAAUUCGGAUUUGCUAGUGUCAUGCAAAACACGGAGGCGUUUGUAAAAUCUAAACCAAAGUAUGGUAAACGUUCCCCCAUCUCCCCCAUGUCCCCUGUUCCACUUACCUCGAUGCUCGUCGGACCACGGGGCCGAUUGCCGUACACAGCAAGUGAACUUCCUGAGCGAGUGUCCUUAUUCAACAUGAAUGAAUUUGGACUCCAGGCUGGUGUGGUAAGUAUGUUUAUUAAUGGACUUAUUACAUUUCCACUUGCGUUCCUCGCCACUUUUACUCUCCACAGCUGA